GUGUGUCUUAUCUAGAGCUCCUGCACCUUGUGGGUUGCGGCCGGCCCCGUGGUCUUGGCGUAGUGUCCGUCUUCCUUCUUCUGUCGCUGGCCGAUGGAUGACAGCAGGGCCAUGCGGUUGUCCACGAUCCGCCGGAUGAUGUCGCGGAAGGUCAGGAUGGGCUCGUCCCCCUCCUCCCCGCCGCACCGCAUGUCAAUGGUGCGGUAGAUGCCCAGCUUCUUGGCCACGGCGUAGGGGUCAUCUGUGUCAGUGCCCGGCUGUUUGCCCAACGACAGCUCGUCCAGGAUGCUGCCCCCGACCACGACGUGGAUGUCGUAGGUGCGGAUGAGGUACUCGGACACCUUGCGUGGCGCGCCGAUGAGGACCUCGUCGACGACCUUCAUGGCCAGCACGUUGAGGGUGCGCUCGAGGAGGUUCAUGACGGGGAAGCCCACCCCCUUGACGGCCGCGACGGUGCUGUCGUCAUAGAGGCCGACCAGCAGGAAGGUGCCGUGGGUGGCCUUGGCCUGCUGCAGGAACCGCAAAUGGCCCACGUGGAAGAUGUCGAACGACCCGUCCACGUACACGAUGGUGUCGCCAGGCUGCGGCUUGCGGCCCUGAUUGAUGAACUGCAUCAGCCGGCGCGUGCUCAUCAGCGACUGUUUGGACGCCCUGUCCGAGUUGAGCGACCAGUCGACGUAGUGGGUGCUGGUGGUGGGGCUGGUGGGCGGCUCCAGGGUCGGGGACUCCUCCUUCAUGUUCUCAGCUGCCAUCAACAGCCGGCUCACCAGCCGUGUGGUCGAUAUGCCUUCGGUCCGCUUGAAGAUCUUGAGCCGUCCGGCCGCCCUCGGCUCGGCGUAGCAGUCGGAGCCGUCCGCACAGGGGGCGAAGUCGUCCCCAUGCGCCACGUAGUCGCAGCCGGUCUUCUCGAGGAAGGCCAUGUCGACGGCAUAGGGCGUGCCGACCAUGACGUCGUCCACCCACUUGCAGCCCGAGACGAGCUCGCCCCGCUCCUGCUCGGUGUAGAUGGGCCGGAUGCCCUUGGUCUGCAAAGCCUCCUCGUCCGACACCACGCCCACCACCAGUCGGUCACCCAUCGCCCGCGCCUGGCGGAUGGCGUUGAAGUGGCCCGAGUGCAUGAGGUCGAAGAUGCCGUCCGCGUAGAUGCUGAUGGCCUUGCGCGUCGACGGGACGGACGCAUACGGCUGAGGGCCGCCGCCACUCGCCACGUUCAGCGCAUUCACGGUGUGCUGCAGGGCCUGCAGAUCCGCAUCCACCACCACACGCGUGCGCUCAUCGAUCAUCUGCUGCAGGUCAGGCCGCUUCCAGACGGCAUCCAGCUCGGCGGCGAGGGCGUCGUCUUCCCGCACUCGGUUGACGAGGGCGAUGAGGCGGUACAUGUCGAUGGCCGUGGAUGCAGAUUCCUGCAUCCUGAGAAGAGGCCCGUGCUUGCUUAAAUCUUCCUCGCCCUCUUCUCUUUUCA